AUGGUUAUCUUGGAAGAGUGGAUGAGGACGUUUGACAAGAUCUUCUCGCUUGUCGGUUGUCUGGAAGAGCGAAAAGUAGAGCUUGCAACGUUCUACUUCUGUCUUGAGGCCGAUCUAUGGUGGAUGCAUGAGGGCCUAGCUUGCCUUAAGGAACCUGAGUUUAGUUGGACUACUCUCAAGGAUUGGAUGCGCGAGAGGUUUUAUCCUGCGCAUGUGCAAGCCGUGAUGUACGAGGAAUUCCUCCAUCUCCAGCAAGGAUCUCUAUCAGUGGUUGAGUACCACAAGAAGUUUCUUGAGCUUGCGCAUUUCGCCUGGAUGCUUGUGCCUACGGAGCUCGCCAAGGUCGAGAAGUUUGUAGCUGGCUUGAACUACGAGGCACGGAAGGCCCUAACGCUGCAGCGAGGAUCUUAUGAGCUUGCAAGGAAAAGAACCGAGAGUGGAGGCUCUUCCAGUUUCAAGAAGCCUAGGCCGAGUUUUCAAGCUAAGAAUGCACCAUCUCCAACCCAAGGACCCAACCGAGCGGAGCAUGGAAAUCAAGCCAAGACGUUUCCUUGCCGUAGAUGUGGAAAGGUGCAUGCUGGUCAGGAUUACAAUGGCCAAGCAUUUCGGUGCUACCGUUGCGGGGAUAGGGGUCACAAGGUCGCCGAGUGCCCUCAGCAAGUCAACCAAAGGGCGUUGCCACCACCCCCAGGAGCCGGAGGAGCAGCAUAA